GCUAGACUCAAUGAUCGCGUCCUCGGCAACUCCCGCCAAUGGGAUUAAAGCGAUUCAUCCGUACCCCACACUUUAACCAAACCCUUCACUCAACACCCAUCUCAUCGAAAAAUCAUGGUCAAAGCAGUCGUUCUCGGAGCCGCAGGUGGUAUUGGUCAACCCCUAGCCCUGCUUCUCAAGACGAACCCAGCCAUCACCGCCUUGGGUCUCUAUGAUAUCGUGAAUACGCCUGGUGUUGCUGCCGACCUUUCCCAUAUCUCGACCCCAGCCAAGGUUGAGGGCUACCUGCCGCCAGACGACGGUCUUGCAAAGACCUUGAAGGGCGCGGAUGUUGUCGUUAUUCCUGCUGGCGUACCAAGGAAGCCUGGAAUCAACGCUGGCAUCGUCAGAGAUCUUGCGACUGGAAUCGCUAAGAACUGCCCCAAGGCGUUUGUGCUUGUCAUCUCCAACCCCGUCAACUCAACCGUUCCUAUCGUCGCCGAGGUUUUCAAAAAACACGGAGUCUUUGACCCCAAGCGACUCUUUGGUGUAACGACUCUUGACGUCGUCCGUGCAUCUACAUUUGUUGGGGAGCUCACCAAAUCGGACCCCACAAGUGUUGUGGUCCCCGUUGUCGGUGGACAUAGCGGUGUCACCAUCGUUCCUCUUCUCUCCCAGUCUUCUCACUCUCUUCCCUCGUCCUUCUCUGCCACAGACUUGGACGCCCUGAUCAACAGGAUCCAGUUCGGAGGCGAUGAAGUGGUGAAGGCUAAGGAUGGUGCAGGAAGCGCGACUUUGAGUAUGGCCUUUGCCGGUGCCGAGUUCGCUAACAAAGUCGUGCGGGCCGUCAAGGGUGAGAAAGGAAUUGUUGCACCCACCUUUGUGCACUUGGACGCUGCUGCCAAGAAGACCCUCGGUGUUGAGCUCGAUUUCUUCUCCGCCAAGGUGGAGUUGGGUUCCGAAGGUGUCAAGACUAUUUUACCAUUGGGUGAGGUGACGGACAAGGAGAAGGGUCUGAUUGCUGCUGCUAUUCCCGAAUUGCAAGCUAGCAUUGAGAAGGGUGAGAAAUUCAUCACGGAGUCCACCCAGAAGCUCUAAGGUCAGAUGGGUUAGAAUAUGGAAGAAGAAUGUUUGAAAUUGUACUAAGCUGCUAAAGUGUAGAUGGAUGUAUACGUAUAUUAUACUGUUUUCUUACGCGUUUACCUUGUGUUUCAGGCGAAGUGACCGUGGUAUUCUGAUCUUAUUUUUCAUUUGGAUGGCCAAUUAACUGCGGUAGACCGUUAUCGAAAUGCUCUGGAUUCUCCUCGUUGCGUCGCGCGUAGAAAGUGCGCUAUUAACAUGAGAGUUGAGUUAUCAGUUACAUGUGGUAGAAAGUUACUCGGGAUCGCCUGCUCGACAGAUUCCUGGUUGCAGCUGUACGCAGUUCGGAGUAUGAGUGGGGCUCCUUUGCCAAGGUUUGUGAGGUAACCAGAAGAAGGUGCUUUGGUCAGAACCGACUUAUUCUUCCGAGGGUAACAAUUAUAAUUUAUCCGUGUUGUUGAAAC